GCACAAUCAUCACGGUGAGAGCAGCCUCUUCGCUUCAAAGCAGGAAUGAUCCUAAACAGGAGGGCCUGUGUGGCCGAGGUUAAUGCUGGGCUUUGUCGUUCCUGAGGUCCUCACCUGCAACUCUUCGUUGCCUUGGAGCUCAUAUCUCCGCGCAGUAAGGUCAGCAGUGGAGUCCAGUGUUUUUCCACAGGAGCCGUUUGAGGAAUCUGUGGCGAUUUUUCAUUUUUGGAGAGGUCGUGCAGUUUCUGCUGUGCAAGAGUUGGAGUUCUUCGGUAAAAAAGCUGAGGGCAAAGAUGCUCCCAAAGAUUCUUGUUUGCACGGCCUGGUCACCGCAUUGCAGGUGCUUGGUGCAAGAAGCAAUGGCCGUGAGCGGAGACAGCUGUUGGCACUGGCAGAGGAUUUGUUGUAUUUUGGUUCCACUGACGUCUUGUCUUCGUCGCCCUGGCCAGCCAGGAGAGGAGACAUUCUGAAGAACUUGUUGGUGCCACUGCCUGCAGAAGGAGAGGUCGAAUCCUGGCAGCCCUUCUCUUGGAGUCCCGUUCAGCCAGAGAAGCUUCCUUUUGUAUGGCCACCGGCGGCAAAGACAAGCGACGGCAGCGGCGUUGAGAUGAACGUGCAGCGAUUCCGUCUUUGGCUUACAGAUCAGCAUAGCGUAGUGUCGGGAGAGAUUGCCUACCUCUUCACAAACUACUUGAAGCGCUUUCGAGUGAAAGUGGAGAAGCAAAGCGUCAGUCUUUACUGCCGUUUUCACCAGGUUUGCUUCAGCGACGGCCGUGUUGCAGCCCUGCUACGACACCCCAGAAUCUACGAAAUUCGUCCCGGUGCUGGUUUCCUGGAUGGCUUCGAACAAGUGGAAAAUGUUGGUCGGGACAUGGACCACAUUGCGCGAGAGUUCUACCAUUUGUUCCGUAGUCCCUUGCGCACUGUGGAUGCCUUCUUGUGUUCCAUACCAAUCUUUUGGUGUCAGCUGUACCAACACUUCCGAAAGCCCAUCCUCGGAGUCAUGGACCAGCCCAUUUUCUUGUUCGUGCAGAGGCAACUGCGCAGCGCUUGGCUGGAUCGCUUUGAGCAGCUGGCCCAAGAGCCGCGCAACUUCUUUGUUUGUCAUACAGCCUUUCUUCAAAUGCAAGCUUUCAGCUGAGUUGCAAAGAACACAUGUGCUUUCAAGAAGAGCCUCCAUAUAAGAUGUGUUGCUCUUGUAGCAGUUGCAGGUUCAUUUGCUGCGAGAUCAUACCACAAUGAUCACCAAACUGCUGUGUGCAGCCUUACUUUCCCACACUUGGCAGGAUUGGUGUAGUAAGAUGCAAAGAGUGUUCAUCUUUUCUGCCACAACAAGGCCAUCCAAAUUUCUUUGGACAAUUACAAGGAGAUAUCGCGGUAAGCGAAAAAGUAAUCUUAGCGAAUCUUAGCAAUCUUCCCAGCAAAAUGACAAUCAAUCUGAUCCAUAGUGGCAACAGCAACACACACACAGUGACAUAAUUUAUUUAAUCCAUAGUGGCAGCAGCGGUGGCUAUAUACUUAAAGAAUCAGAACAUAUCAGAGCUGCAAACGCCGAUCCACAAAGCUGACAUGUCAGGUUGCAAAUAGAACAGCAAGAACACAUUUAAUAACGACAAUGUGCUUCGCUGCCCUGUGCCGGAAAAGCAGCUUCGUCGAGUGGGUAUACGGUAUAGUUCAAGGCAAGCUAUGCUUACUGUAUUGGACCAUGAGUCGCAACGUUUGGUGUGGGCAGCUGAGGUUCAAUGGCAGACAGGUGUGCGACUUCCCAUUGUCAGGUAUUUAGCCAUACAAACUGCUCAAUGGAAAUGGC